GCUCUGUUUUGACUGAUAACUUCAGACCAUCCCGAGAGACAAACGGUCACGAAAUUUCAUCAUAUCCAUCCACAACGAAGUCCUAAAACUACAGUGCUAGUAAUAGCUUUUGUUGUUCAAUCGUUUGUGGGGUACUGGAUCUAAGUUAAGCAAUGUCUGGAAGAAGUAACACUUUGACAAUAGCCGCCAUCUCCGGCUGCGCAUCUGUCUUCAUCUAUGAGAUUCUCAGACGGCUCGCUUCCUGGGCAAUUGGAGAUGAUCACGAAGGGAAGAGAACCGACGAUCUCCACGAAAGUGGCGUUUUGCCAGAACUUGGGAAGAGUCUGCGUGAUCGGGAAUACACCUUUCCCGAGAAUUAUUAUCCGCUGAACAAUGGCUCAUACGGCUGUGUCCCCCAGAGAGUGCUGAACGCCCAGAAAAGACUGAUGGAUGAACGAGAAUCAAAUCCUGAGAUGUGGUGUCGCCAUCUUAGGCUGGAGAUGUACAGGAAUGCUGUCAAGAAUGUUGCAGAGUUUGUGAGCGCUAAGCCAGAAAAUCUUGUCUUGAUUGAGAAUGUUACAACUGCAACAAACAGCAUUGUGAAAUCUUUCAAGUUCAGUGCUGGUGAUCAGAUCUUAGUGACCAAUCAUACAUACGGGGCGGUGCUGAAGGCUUUAGAUUUUGUUACCAGUCUUAACAAAGAUGUCAGUAUUGUGCCCAUAAAGAUCCCUGUCCAGACGACAGCCAAGGAGAUCAUCGAUCUCCAUGCCCGUGCCCUUGAUGAGAACCCAAGUAUCAAGAUAGCAAUGCUAGAUCACAUCACGUCCUUCUCAGCAAUCGUUAUGCCGAUUAAGGAAUUGAUUGAGCUGUGUCACAGCAGGGGUGUAAUAGUAGCUGUCGAUGGAGCGCAUGCCCCAGGACAGCUCCCUCUUAGGCUUGAAGAACUUGGAGCUGAUUUCUACUUUGGCAACCUACAUAAGUGGCUUUAUUCACCCAGAGGAUGUGCCUUGUUCUAUAUUCAUCCCAAGCACCAGAGUUGGAUCCGGACGGCUAUCUCUUCACAUCAGACAUUUGAUGAGAAUCUCCAAGAGCGCUUCCAUUACAUUGGGACUAGGGAUGCCAUCCCGUACUUCACAGCCAAGCACUGUAUCCACUACCUGAAUUACCUUGGGGGAUUGGAAAGAGUCACGGCCUAUAACUCUAAUCUUGUCCAGUGGGCAGCCGAAAUGUUGGCCAAGGCAUGGAACACGACUUGGAUUGAACUCGACGAGGAGCUGAGGGCGCCGUGUAUGCGUCUCAUCGUAGUACCACCUACCCCCAAGCGAGCCCUCUAUAAGACGCAUAAAGAUUUCUGUUAUGAGGUCUUGAAAAAGUAUGGCAUUGUCUGUGCAGUCACUGGGGACGACAAGGAUAUCUUCAUACGUAUCAGUGCACAAGUGUACAACUACAAAGAGGAAUAUUAUGCACUACGCGAUGCUAUCAUUGACAUUCUGGAUAUCGGGAAAUAAAAUUAUUUUUUAAAUUUGACCCUAUAGUAAAACCACUUAAUGGGGAAUAAUGCAGUUGGCAGUAUACAGUAUGUAGUAUAUGUUGCACAAGCUUUCUCUGCCUCAGCACCUUCUCUCUGGAAUAAUUUGCCAUUGAAUUUAAGAAUUAUACCAUCACUAGAGACCUUCAAAUCUAAACUGAAGUCUUAUCUUUUCUAUUAGUAUUUGUUAUUGGCACUUUGACACUCAUCCAAACUUUCUCAUUUCUUUUCUUGUGCACUUUGGAAAAGAAUAUUUUUAGAUAGAUGGCGUUAUAUAAAUGCCUAUUAUCAUUAUGUUGUGAAAGUGCCACCAGCACAAGUGACUCAACUUUUGGUACUUGAAUAGUCAUAAUGCUUAUUGAAAUGUAUGGAUGAUGUUGGACUCAGAAUAAAGAGAUUUCAGACAAGUUCGUAGGUUCAGAAUAGCAUGUUAUGAUUCAUGGAAACGUGAUGAUGACGUGUCGGUAUCGAUACUUGUGAUCGGGAUAUAGGUAUAUAUCUUCAAGUCCCAAACAUCUCCCUUCCUUUAAAAUUAGAAUAAAUAUUUUUUCAAAGUUUUGUCAACUACCUCCCUUUUUCCCCCUUCCUGUAUUGUGCGAAUUGUUUUGCUGAGCUUCUGCACCCCAGUCACAUUACAUUCAGUGAUACCAUUCAAAUCAAUUUAAAAAGAAAAAAACAUGUGAAAAUUUUUUUUUUGAGUCUUUUGUCCAUUUAUCAUUAUUUAGGCACAGAGUUCAAUGUCCAGUGUGUGAAGUCCAAUGAAGAAAUGAGUCCGCAUCUUGAAGAAUCAAAUUUAAAACACAGUCCAAGGCAUUUUCCUGCUUCUGAACGCGAUAUCCUUUGUACGCGAAAAAAAUAUCAAAACUAUAUGCCAGACUUUUGGCAUCAUCAACCAAUUAAA